GCAUAUAUCUACGCAUAAGACAACCCUAGCCGAACAGGGUCGCACCGUCGUGGAAAAAAUAUAAAUAAAACUAUAAUUUUACGCCUUUCUACGUUAGAUAUAUAAAAUAGUACAAUGCCGAAGUACUAUUGCGACUACUGCGACACCUACUUGACCCACGACUCGCCCUCGGUGCGGAAAACCCACUGCACCGGUCGAAAACACCGCGACAAUGUGAAGUUCUACUAUCAAAAGUGGAUGGAGGAGCAGGCCCAGCAUUUGAUUGACGCCACCACUGCCGCAUUUAAGGCCGGAAAGAUCACGAACAAUCCGUUUGCGGGCGGACCAGGCGGGGCGCCUCCAAAGCCGGCGGGCGUUUCCAUACCGCCGCCCAACAUGGGAGCUCCGCCACGGCCGGGAAUGCCAGGAAUGCCCUACAUGCCUCCGCUGAUGAACCCCAUGAUGGGCAUGCGCCCGCCGCCAAUCAUGAAUCCCAUGGCCAUGAUGGGACCACCGCCUCCGCUGGGCACAAUUCCCGGCGUCCGACCACCGAUUAUGAACGGACCCAAGUGACCGCACUCUGAUCGGAAACGGAAUCAGGAAUAGGAGCACAGAAGGAACGCACCUUGCGAGGUGUCCUAAUUAAGCUGUAGCAUUUAAGUAAGCCGAAUAGCAAUUCAAACUAUAUAUGUAAAUUUAUAUAAAGAAAAUUUACUCAUCA